UUAGAUACGAUGGAUCAUUGGGGCUCCUGACAUCAUGCUGUUCUUGGAGACCUUUGUGCGUCAGGUGCUUUGGCUAAUAAUUGAUGGAUUUGGAGAGGGUGACUUGUAGUGGGUUCACAGCUGGCUGGCCCGCAGUUUAUUCGACUGAAAGCAUGGCUCAGUGAAAGCCAGAAUUCAAAAAUCUGGGCACCCAGAUCUGACUGACACCAUGAGCGCUUUGCUCGCCCUGCUGACAUUUGUCACCUUUGCAACUGUUUCUUCAAAACCCAACGCUGGCAUGAAAACGUGGGGGCGUUUCAGCAGGCUGCCUUAUCCAGGAGACAAGGCUUUCCUGUAUGAUACCUUCCCCCGAGAAUUCAUAUGGGCGGUGGGCACGGCUGCGUAUCAGGUGGAGGGCGCAUUUGAGAAGGACGGCAAAGGGCCCUCCAUUUGGGACACCUUUACUCGCGGUGGGACCCGGAUUACCAAGGGGGACGUGGGCAGCGACAGCUAUCACAACAUCCGAACUGACAUCCGAGCCAUCAAGCAGCUGGGGGUCAGUCACUACAGGUUCUCCCUGUCCUGGUCGAGGAUAUUUCCCAACGGAACCCGCGGGAGCUACAACGAAGUCGGCACAAACUAUUACCGGACCCUGAUCCAGAAGCUGAAGGAGAUACACGUGGAGCCGAUCAUCACGCUCUACCACUGGGACCUGCCCGACCACCUGCAGCAGACCCUCGGCGGCUGGAGCAACCCAGAGCUGGUGGAGAUCUUUAAGGAUUACGCUGAUUUCUGCUUCCAGACUUUCGGGGAUGACGUGAAGUACUGGAUCACCAUUGACAACCCGUUUGUGGUGGCGCGACACGGGUACGGAACCGGAUCGGUCGCUCCCGGGAUAAAGAAUGACCCUGAUCUUCCGUUCCGGGUUGGACAUAUUCUUCUCAAGGCUCAUGCAGCUGCCUGGCAUCUCUACGACCGCCACUACCGCCCACGUCAGCAGGGUAAGCUGUCCAUGGCGCUGGCGUCUCACUGGAUCAAACCCAGCCGUACACGCCUGGAGAGCCUGCGAGAAUGCCAGUGCUCCCUGGACCACGUCCUGGGCUGGUUCGCCAGGCCUCUCUUUGUAGACGGAGACUACCCCCCCUGCAUGAAGGAGAGGCUGGGCUCAAGACUGCCCUCCUUCACCGAGGAGGAGAGGGAGCAGGUGAGGGGGGCGGCUGACUUCUUUGCCCUCUCUCAUGGAGCGGCCCUCAGCUUCCAGCACAUGGAUGACAGUCUUAAGUUCGGGCAGCAGGAGGACCUGGACCUGAGGAUGCUGCUCUACUGGGUCAACGCUGAGUACAACAGGCCUCCCAUAUUUGUGGUGCAGAGUGGCUGGUAUGUCCUCGGAAUUACCAAGACGGAAGACUUCAAAAACAUGUAUUACAUCAAGAGGUUCAUCGCAGGAGCGCUGAAAUCUAUAGUGAUAGACAGAGUGAAUGUGAUCGGAUACACAGCCUGGUCUCUGAUAGACGGCUUCGAGUGGAACAGGGAAUACGAUAUACGACAGGGACUUUAUUAUGUUGACUUCAACACUAAUGCCAUGAAGAGGGAACCGAAGACAUCUGCCACCUUCUACAGAAAUGUCAUCCAGAAGAACGGAUUCCCAGAACUUCCAGAGAACAGACCUGCACAUGGGAUCUUCCCGUGCGAUUUUGCCUGGGGGGUUUCCGCCAACACCAUACAGGUGGAGGUGACACCCAGCUUGUUUGCAGACCCCAGCGUGUAUUCGUGGAAUAUCUCCAACAACGGAGAGCUGAUGAGGCUGGAGGGCCUCAGUGCACCACCAUUACCUAGAAACACACAUUGUGCAGAUUACGUCACCAUCCGACAACAGGUGGAUGAAAUCCAACGUUUGGGGGUAAAUCACUUUCAUUUCUCCCUCAACUGGUCGGCUCUGGUGCCCACAGGUGAUGUGGCUCAUCCCAACACCACCCUGCUGCGCUACUACCGCUGCUUCGCUCAUCAGCUGCUGCAGGCCAGCGUCACGCCCGUGUUUACUUUGUGGCACCACAUACAAAGGGGCAACAGCAUGCCCGCCCCGCUGGUAGCAGCCAAUAAGUGGUUGAACAGGGAAACUCCAGAGGCGUUUGCAGAGUAUGCCAGACUUUGUUACAGAGAACUUGGCGCUCAUGUGAAGAUGUGGAUCACCCUGAAUGAGCCCAAUGAUGAGAUGGUGAGCUACCAGGAGGGUCAUCAGAUGCUGCGGGCGCAUGCUCUGGCAUGGCAUGCUUACGACCGCGAGUUUAGAGCCACUCAGGGAGGACAGGUGUCUCUGACUCUGCACAUGGACUGGUUUGAACCAGCGGUUUCAUUCAGCCGGGAAGACGUGGAACCCACCAAGAGGGUUUUAGACUUCAAGGUGGGCUGGUUUGCAGAGCCCAUCUUUGGCAGCGGGGAUUAUCCACUGGUGAUGAGGAGCUGGCUGCGUCAGCUCAACUCUCUUGACCUGCCAGUGUUCAAUGAGAAGGACAGACAGCUGGUUAAAGGCACCUACGACUUCUUUGCCAUCAGUCACUUCACUACCAAGCUGGUGACACAUACCAAAGAAGACUCGUACACCUACACAUCAAUGCUAGAGAUCCAAUACAUGGCAGACCCCACGUGGAUCAUUUCCCCGCAGCCCGUUGUGCCCUGGGGCCUGAGGAAAGCUCUGAACUGGGUGAAUGAGCACUACCCUGAUGUCCCGGUAUACGUGAUGGCUAACGGGGCCUGGGAAGACCCAGCCCGCUUUAAAGACAGUCUGAGAGUUUUCUACCUGUACAACUACAUCAACGAGGCGCUGAAAGCACUCACUCUGGAUGGUGUGAACCUCAAAGGCUACUUUGCUUACGCCCUGAGUGACCAAAACGAUCGGGGGUUCGGUUUGUACGGCCAGGUCCACGAUGAGGUCAUCGUAAAGGCUUCUCUGUCAAACUAUCGUAACAUUAUUCAGCAUAACGGCUUCCCCAUUAUUGGAGCUGAGCCUCAGCAGUGUCCCAGCAUGCCUCAGGCCUGCAGAAGCUGCCAGGUGCUGCUCAGGAUGCCUGUGGUGGGCUUCCUGACUCUGGUAGGUUCAGUGGUGCUCAUCACCCUGGGCCUCAUUAUCUACUAUACAACCAAGAGGAAGGAGUGUUACUGAUGGUUCC